CGACAUCGAUCUUCAGCUUCGUGUUUCCUCCACAACGCCCGAGGUAGUCCUCCCGGAGCUUCGUCCUUUCGCCCGACCUCAAUGAACCACCACCGCCUCUCUACCUUCAGCCUUCCCUCCGACAUUCCUACGUUUUGGCAGUAUGUUGUGGACCCCGCUCUAUCGUUCAGAAUUAGCCAGUUGGACGUGCCGAUUCUGGACGCAGGCAAGUGGGCACAGUGGUGGCAUGCCUAUAUGGCGUUCAACUUCUGCCUCCUUGAAGCCGUUUUCCAUUGGGCGGAACCUGUUGACAGGAGCGAGGAGGACGAGAUCCCAGACGGCGAGUCGGAGUUAUUGAUUGUCCAGGGCUGGAGGACGGACACGGAGGGUGAGCUUCUGGGGAUCUUGUUCGGGGAAGUAAGUGACGACCACCUGGAUUCGAUCACAGACGAAGAGCUGGUGUUCUUGUCCCAACUGCUGGACGACCUACCUUUGGACAUCCUCUCACACUGCGACGAAAGGCCCGGAACUGCCACAUUCGCCCGUACCUUGACCUCCCAUCUCUUGUGGUCAACGUGCACGGAGCUCAACGUGGAUCAUUGCUACUAUCCCUUUGAGGGCGCUUAUCUGGUCAUCGGCGUCACUGAUCUCUCCUUCUGGGAUCCUCUCAUCCGACGAGUGAGCGUAGGAGAGACCAGCAAAGAAGCCGAAAAGGAGGAAGAGGAAGCAACCGAGGAAGAGAACGAGGAGGACGACCAUCUUCAGUACACGGAAGGAGAGGAAACGCCGGAAGAGGAAGAAUUGGAGGCUGAGUCGGAAGAUCCCGAUUAUCACAAAUCGGAGGACACCGAGUCAGAAGAGGCUAGCUCGGAACGGGAGGAGACUAAGGAAGAAGAGGCCGGAUCGGGUGAGUCGAGCGGUCCCAAUGAACUAAGCAAGGAAGAGAGAGAGGCCGUGGCAUAGAGGAAACGGGCAGCGACAGAAAGCAAGCGGUCGAUCGAGGAAUCAGGAGGGUCACUACCUCAAUUGCUACAGGGCGA